AAGGCACCCCCGAAAUUUGAAAUUUCGAAAUGGAGAGAAAAAAUUCAAAGGAAAAAAACCCCACGCGGCGACGCCUCUGGUAGCGCGCACGAUAACACCUGCCCAUCCACCACCGAAACGGCGCACGAUAGCAUGCCCCUCCCUAAGCGGUGGCCUCUCACAUCUCAUCCCAUCUCAUCUUUCUAGAUCCUCCAAGUCAGCCCCCCCCCCCGCCUGCCGCCCCUUUAACAACCCUACCCCACCGCCCUCCUCUCCCUUUCAUUAUGCCACAACCACUACUCCCUCCCCUCCUCUCAGAUCUCCCUCCGCAUCAUGGCCGCCGCCCUCUCUCCCUCCUCCCACGACGAAGACUCCCACACCCCCACCCUCCCACUCCCCUCCUCCUCCCGCCGCCUCCCUCCUCCCUGCUGGUCCCCCGAUGAGACCGUCUCCCUAAUCGACGCCUACAAGGACAAGUGGUACUCCCUCCGCCGCGGCAACCUCAAGGCAACCCACUGGCAAGAAGUCGCCGACGACGUCGCCGCCAGGUGCCCCGCCGGCCUCCCCAAGACCCCCGUCCAGUGCCGCCACAAGAUGGAGAAGCUCCGGAAGAGGUACCGCUCCGAGAUCCAGCGCGCCGCCGCGCACGGCGGCGUCCGCCGAUUCACCUCCUCCUGGGCCCACUUCCAGAGCAUGUAUUCCAUGGAGAAAGGCCCCAAUCCCGCCCCUUCCUCCUCCGAUGACGACGACGAGAACGAUUACAAUGCCAACGGCACCAAAAGGGUGAACGAUUUGUAUAAUUACAAUCAGAGAGGAGUCUACGGUGGCCAAUUGAAUGAGAAUAAUGGUGCGGGUAGCGGUUUCCGGAUCAAGAUCCCGGGCCGGGCUACCGCCGGACCUACUGUGGCCAAGAUUUAUUCGAAAUUCGAUGAGAUGGGUGCUUCAAACCCUAUUUACCAUAACCCUAGGUUUACGAAUUAUGCUGCGGGUGUGAAUGGGGCUGCCUCGACCAAGAUUUCUAGGGAUGGCUUUGUUGGUGCGGGGCAAAUUAGGAAGAGGGCUGAUGAAAUGCCGAAAAAGAGCCAAGGGGGUGACGGUUUGAGUGAGCUAGUUGCAGCAAUUCAUGGUUUGGGGGAGGGUUUUAUGAGGAUGGAGAAGGCUAAGAUGGAUAUGGUGAAGCAAAUUGAGGAGAUGCGGAUGGAGAUGGAGUUGAAGAGGACCGAGAUGUUGCUUGAGUCAGAGCAGAGGAUUGUCGAGGCGUUUGCUCAGGCGAAAUCCGAGAGAAGUGCAAAACGGGCGAAAAGGAAUUCGACUACACCUGAUUGAAAUCAAGAGUUGGAGAAUGGUUGAGCAGUAUUGGAAUUUCUGUGUAAUUUGGGUUUGGAACCAACACAGUCUGCUUCUUAACUUUAGUGCUAGCUUUCUCCCCAUGUAGCUUGGUUUGCAUUUUGGUAAAAUUAUUCUUGAAAAAACUCUGUGCUCCUCAUUGAACUUGUAAAUUUGAAUUUUUCACUGUUUUGUUUGGAUAAAUCCAUCAUGCAACAGUUUCCAUUUUUCUCAAACUUUGCUUCUAAUUUCUAUGUAUGAGUAUUUGCUGAUAUAAGGAAUGGUGGGAACAUGAUCUUAGAGUGAA